AUGAGGACGAAGGAGUCACGGGCCGUGCAGCAGCAGGCGGAGCGAGAGCUGGCUGUGGAGCGCGCGCGGCGGCAGGAGGCGGAGGCGCGGCUGGCGGCACACACGCAGCGCGCCUCUGAGAACAACACCGCCCUGGCUCGCAGCAACCUGCGGCUUCAGGAGCAGCUGGCGCGGCUGCGGGGCGAAGUGGAUGUGCUGCAGCACGAGGCGGGCUGCCAGCGUGCGGCUGCCACCGCGCGGGAGCGCGAGGCCGCCCGCAAGCUGGCCCGCACGCAGCACCAGCUGCAGCGGGCGGAGGAGGAGGCGCGCGCGCUGCAGCGGCAGCUGGCGGGCAAGCAGGACAUCAUUGCCUACUUAGAGGGCAAGCUCGCUGAGCAGCGCGGCAGCAGGGAAAGGGAGACCGCGGGGGGCGCCGCCGCCAGCUGCGAGCAGGCGCCCACGCCGGUGCCAGCGGCGGCGGCACGGAGCAGCCUCGCCGCGGUGGCAGCGGGCAGCAGGAGCAGGCCCACCGCCCUGCACGUGCAUUACCGGCAGCUUGCUGUGGAGGUAGAGGAGGAGGCACUGGGCGGCGAAGAGCAGGCGGGGCAGGCCGGGCCCCGCAGCAGCGGCAGCGAGUCGUCUCCUGCUGUGCACCGCCGCUCGGCUGCUGAGCGAUAUGAGGCGGCAGCGGUGCCGCAGCAGCGGCAGCAGCGGCAGGGCGGCGGCGGCGAGCAGAGAGCUGGCGAGCCGGGGGCGGCAGGAGGCGCUGCGUCGCCUCUGUCCGACACGCCCGUGCCGCAUGCCGGCGGCAGCCACGAGGCGGCGCCUGCUGCGCCUCCUGGCACCGCGCUGCGAUCCUCCCAGCGCGCCCGCAACCCGGUCAGCUACGCGCAGCCCAGCCUGCGCACCAAGCUGCGUCAGGGCGACGCCUUCACAUUCGGUGCGGCAGAGGCGGCGGCGGCGGCGGGCAAGCGCCCGUGCGCCCGCACCAAGCCCCGGCCCCGGCUGGGCGCCGGGCCCGCAGGCGGGGCCGGCGGCGGCAGCGGCGGCGAGCUGUCGCCUGUCAGCGACUGA